AUGGCUGACUGCAAUCCUCCUCUUUCUUACGAGGCUUCGGCCACAACUACCCACCAGCACGAGGCAACCUCACUGCCCUCAGAGGUGGUCUCAUGUCUGAAGAAUUCUCGCUUCCUUCAUUUGGCAACAUGUGACAAUCUCACUCCCCAUAUCUCCCUCAUGUCCUACACCUAUCUCCCCUCGACCCCCUUUGACCCCUACCCGACCAUUAUCAUGACCACCAACCCCUCAUCGCGCAAGACCAACCACCUGCUGUCCAACCCGCGUGUGUCCCUGCUGGUCCAUGACUGGGUGUCUCACCGUCCGCCGACUCGCACUACUAACCCGCACGGUGAACGUGAUGGAUCUCCUCCGCCCGCGGCGACCCGCUCAUCGUUGGCAAGCCUGCUUCUCAACCUGAACACUAGCGCCCUAUCCAGCAUCUCUACCACCAUCACCGGCCAGGCACGCUUCCUCGAGCCUGACUCGGAAGAAGAAAAGUGGUGUAAGGAGCGGCAUUUGGAGAACAAUACAUUUGAGGAAGAGGAGAUGACCCUCUUUGGUCAGCAGCAGGCUCAGGACCCGAGCCUGAGACGGCCUAGCCUGGCUAUCGAUAGCGAUGUUCGGGUUGUGACUGUGCAAGUCCGCGAGGGCCGCAUUGCGGACUGGAAGGGCGGAGUCCGUGACUGGAUUCUGCUUCCGCUUGAGCAGACCCGGGAAGGCCUUGUCAAUGGCGUCUAG